AUGUCUCGUUUCACCGAGUACUCUGUUGUGGGCCGAACCCUCCCUACCGAGGCGGACCCCGCCCCCAAGCUCUACCGAAUGAGGAUCUUCGCCCCCAACGAGGUUGUCGCCAAGUCCCGAUACUGGUACUACCUCCGUCAGUUGAAGAAGGCCAAGAAGGCCAACGGAGAGAUUGUUGCCCUCAACGUCAUCCACGAGAAGAAGCCCUUGAAGGUCAAGAACUUUGCCAUCUGGCUCCGAUACGACUCUCGUUCCGGUACCCACAACAUGGUCAAGGAGUUCCGAGCCCUCUCCCGAGCCGAGGCCGUAGAGUCCAUGUACCAGGACAUGGCUGCCCGACACCGUGCCCGAUUUAGGAACGUCCAGAUCCUCCGUGUCGCCGAGAUUGAGAAGACCGAGGACAUCAGGAGGCCUUACAUCAAGCAGCUCAUCACCCCCGGUCUCAAGUUCCCCCUCCCCCACCGAAGGACCAAGUCCAAGGCUUGGUUCGCCGCCAACAGGCCCGUAAGUACCAUCUCGAUCAACAAAAUACCAAAUACUGACCAUCAUCAGUCUACCUGGGCUUAA